CCGGAAAUGACGUCAUAUGCAAAUGAGGGGAGGAGUCAACGAGAGGGCGCGCGUCGUGAGCUCCGCGUCUCCUUUCCACUCGCGCCGCCAUGGUGUUACUCUACGUGCUUUUCGAGCAUGCGGCUGGGUACGCCCUCUUCUCCGUCAAGGAGGCAGAGGAAAUCGGGAUGUUGCUGCCACAGGUGGAGGCGAGCAUUUUGGACAGAUCAAAGUUCAACACCAUGGUCAAGUUGACUGCAUUUUAUCCCUUCAAGUCGGCUCAGGCUGCCCUUGAAAACAUCAAUGCCAUUUCUGAAGGGAUAUUGCAUGAGGACCUGAGGCUGCUCUUGGAGACUAACAUGCCAGCACCAAGCAAAAAAAAUAAAGUGAUCCUGGGAGUGGCCGAUGCCAAGAUUGGGGCAGCCAUCCAGGAAGAGCUGGGAAUUCAAGGGCAAACUGGGGGUGUGAUCAACGAGAUCGUCCGUGGAAUUCGCCUGCAUUUCCACGCCCUUGUCAAGGGACUGACAGUCCAGUCAGCUGCCAAGGCGCAGCUGGGUCUUGGGCACAGUUAUUCCCGUGCAAAGGUCAAGUUCAACGUCAACCGUGCCGACAACAUGAUCAUCCAGUCAAUCAGCCUGCUUGACCAACUCGACAAAGAUAUCAAUACCUUUUCCAUGCGUGUGCGCGAGUGGUACGGUUACCACUUUCCGGAGCUGAUUAGGAUUGUGCCCGACAACUACACAUACUGCCGCCUCACCAAGCUCAUCGCCAACCGCAAGGACCUGUCGGAGGAAAAUCUGGAGGCGUUGGAGGAGUUAACCAUGGACAGCGCAAAAGCUCAAGCCAUUCUUGAUGCCUCCCGCUCCUCUAUGGGGAUGGACAUUUCUCCCAUUGAUUUGAUCAACAUCGAGAGCUUCUGUACACGUGUCAUCUCCCUCGCCGAGUACCGCAAAGGCCUGCAGGAGUAUCUCCGUUCCAAGAUGAACAUGGUGGCCCCUAAUCUUGGUACUCUCAUUGGUGAAGUGGUUGGUGCACGGUUGAUUUCACAAGCAGGCAGCUUGACAAACCUGGCAAAGUACCCUGCAAGCACAGUACAGAUCCUGGGUGCUGAGAAGGCACUGUUCAGAGCUCUGAAGACUCGUGGGAACACACCAAAGUAUGGACUCAUCUUUCACUCCACCUUCAUUGGACGGGCAGCAGCCAAGAACAAGGGACGCAUCUCGCGCUAUCUCGCCAACAAGUGCUCCAUCGCUUCCCGCCUUGACUGCUUCUCUGAGAUCCCAACGACAGUGUUUGGUGAGAAGUUGAGGGAUCAGGUGGAGGAGCGAUUGUCAUUUUAUGAGACGGGCACUGCUCCAAGGAAAAACAUUGACGUCAUGAAGGAAGCUGCUGCAGAGGCAUUGGUGAUAACCGAUAAGGUUAAGCGGAAGAUGGCGAAAAAGGAAAAGAAGAAGAAAAAGAAAGACAAGCAGGAUGCGGCUGAUGCUGCAGAGAAGGCUGAGGAGUCUGUAAACGGGGACACUCCAAAGAGAAAGGAACCCAAAGUGACUCCCAUAGAGGACAAGGAAACUAAGAAAAAGCACAAGGCAGCAAAGGAAGAGACUGACAGCUCUCAAGAUAAUGGCUCUGAAGAGCCGGUGACACCCGUUUCUGACAAAAAGAAAAAGCGAAAACAGGACAAUUUCACUGAGCCUGAAGAAGCUGUGAGUGAAAAGAAGAAAAAGAGGAAGAGCACUGCCAAGUGAUUUCAUGGACUCCCCAGUGCCCAUCACACUGUUGAUUUAUAUGCCUGGCAUUGUUGGAUUCUUUUCCACAAGUCCGUGCCAGGCCAAUAACUCCAAAAAUAAAAAGUUUAGCAUUUUUUUUUACUGACAGUAAUGUGCUAAUUUUCUGGUCUGCUGAAUUAAAAUGUAUACUGUAAAUAAUGUACCAAUCCUUGAUAGACCAUUGCUAUUCUACACAAUGUAGUCUGCUUCUUUGCUGUGGGUCACCAUGUAAAGGGUUGCAUGUUCCCAAAGGGGGGGGGGGAUACAUUAAGCAUCUUUAAAAUGGCUUUGUCCUGCUCCCUUAACCUGUAAUGCAGUCAAGUGGUCAUGUGUAGCUUCAGAUGCCUUUUUUGAAGUUGAAUAAAAACGCAUUGCAUAGCUUGUAAAAUCUUGUUUUAUUUUCACAGGUGUUUGCCAAACAUUUUCAUAAAUAAAAUAUAUUGUUUCAAGCACGUAAUUUAAAA